AUGGCUUCUGCUGUUGGAUUGUGGCCAGCUUUUGAAGUGUCAAAUUGUGCAGUUGAGGAUUGGGCAGUAGAGAGCAUCGAGACUGGAGACCGUGCAAGAUUGGAGGUGGAACAACACCUUGCUCAAUACCAACGUCAUGUACACAAACCGUUGCUUGAACAUCCCAUGUCAAGAAUUCAGUAUCUUGCUUGUAGGGCUACUGCCAGUCGUAGACAGUCCCGACCGCCUGACCUCAGGAUUUUCCGACCAUAUGUUUCAGUUGUGCGCGUUAGGGACUUCAGCAUUGUCUUCAAAUCAAAUCCCAUUCAUACGUCGUCAGCAGCUUCUGAAUUCUUGUCUGUCAUGCACCAUUCUAUCUUCAUGAGGUUUUGGGCUGUGAUCAACACAAGGGAAAGGCACAAGGAUUGCGGCUUUGUAAUGAUGGCUUCCUGGGAGAAAUUGGAUACACGGCUAUUGGAGCUUGUCGGUGGACGUAUUGACGACAUGAUUGUAUUGAUCUAA